GCAGAAGCGCAGCCGGCCAGAGGUUGUGUCGCAGCAGUUGAAUGCCGUGACCGAGGACAUGUAUACCAAUGGGUCUGCUGCCCCAGGUAGCCCUACCCAGGCUAAGGGGCAGGAGAUGCGGAAAGUGCGACUCAUACAGUUCGAGAAGGUCACAGAGGAGCCUAUGGGAAUCACUCUGAAGCUGAACGAAAAGCAGUCCUGUACGGUGGCAAGAAUUCUUCACGGUGGCAUGAUUCACAGACAAGGCUCCCUUCACGUCGGGGAUGAGAUCCUAGAAAUCAAUGGCACAAAUGUGACUAAUCACUCAGUAGAUCAGCUGCAGAAGACGAUGAAAGAAACCAAAGGCAUGAUCUCAUUAAAAGUAAUUCCCAACCAGCAAAAUCGUCUUCCUGCAUUACAGAUGUUCAUGAGAGCACAGUUUGACUAUGAUCCCAAAAAGGACAACCUGAUUCCUUGUAAGGAGGCGGGACUGAAGUUUGUUACUGGGGACAUUAUCCAGAUCAUCAACAAGGAUGACAGUAACUGGUGGCAAGGGCGGGUGGAAGGUUCCUCCAAGGAGUCGGCAGGAUUGAUCCCUUCUCCUGAGCUGCAGGAAUGGAGGGUGGCAAGUGUGGCUCAGUCUGCUCCGAGCGAAGCUCCAAGCUGCAGUCCCUUCGGGAAGAAGAAGAAGUACAAAGACAAGUACCUGGCCAAGCACAGCGCAAUUUUUGACCAGUUGGAUGUUGUUUCCUACGAGGAGGUUGUUCGGCUCCCUGCGUUCAAAAGGAAGACCCUGGUGCUGAUCGGAGCCAGUGGGGUGGGUCGCAGCCACAUUAAGAAUGCCCUGCUCAGCCAGCACCCGGAGAAGUUUGAGUACCCAGCCCCAUAUACAACCCGGCUGCCCAAGAAGAAUGAGGAAGACGGGAAGGAGUACCACUUCAUCUCCACGGAGGAGAUGACAAGGAGCAUCUCUGCCAACGAGUUCUUGGAGUUUGGCAGCUACCAGGGCAACAUGUUUGGCACCAAGUUUGAAACAGUGCACCAGAUUCAUGAGCAGAACAAGAUUGCCAUCCUUGACAUCGAGCCCCAGACACUAAAGAUUGUCCGGACAGCAGAACUUUCGCCUUUCAUUGUGUUUAUCACACCUACUGACCAAGGCACUCAGACGGAAGCCCUGCAGCAGCUGCAGAAGGACUCAGAAGCCAUCCGCAGCCAGUACGCUCACUACUUUGACCUCACACUGGUCAACAAUGGCGUUGAUGAAAUCCUUAAGAAAUUGCAAGAAGCCUUUGACCAGGCGUGCAGUUCUCCACAGUGGGUGCCUGUCUCCUGGGUUUACUAAGCUUGAAGAAUGAAGCUACUGUAUGCCCUCUCCAGUAUUUGGAACUCCAUUCCCCUUGCUUUAAGACAGAGGGUCACUCCAGCUAGUUUUGUGUCAGCUUCCAACUCUAUGCAACUACCUUAAUUAGGCCAGUGGGUGUCAGUCUUAUUCAAGCUCCUGAAGGGCUGGGCUCUGGUGUUCCUGAUACAUGGGGCUCCAUAUAUCAGGAUUUCAAAAGGAUUUCUGGAAAUUGUGGCCAGAAGCACUAUCCAAAUGCAAAUCAGAUGGCACACAUGGGGAGGAAAAGCAGUGGACCCUGCCCCUCUAAAGCCUGCGCUCCUUCACCUUUAAUCACACUGGGCAUUUCAUUUCUUUACUAUGAAGAAAGCAAUUUUUUUACUGCAACUUUCUAAAAGGCCAAAAUGAAACAGCUGUGCAAUAGGAUGUAUGCUUUAGGAAAACCCUCAAAAGCAAUAAAAAUACUAGUUAAAAUGCUAA